CCAAAUUAAAUAUCUCUGCCUGACAGGUAGCGUAGUAGAAAUGUAAGACUUUUUAAAUUGUACGACUUCGACUAGUUUUUAAUUAUUAUCUAUGGACAUUUGACAUUUGCCAUUGACAACUGAUAACUUUGACUUGAAUUUAAACGGUUUUGUGUUUUGCAUAGAUUAGUGUUUUGUAGUACCUAACUUUGAAUUCGAAAAUGCCUCCAAGAAGAAAAGUCUCUGUGCGCCAAUAUGAACUCUUGGUCGAGUUUGCAGAGACCCAUCGCGAUAUUGCGAUGGGUCGAUACGCUGGAGGGCCUCUAGGGAACCAGGCUGCACGACAGGCCUGGCAAACCCUUGCCCUCCAGCUAAAUGCAGUUGGGGAAGGAGUUUCCAAAAGCGCCGAACAAUGGCGAAGAUACUGGAUUGAACUAAAGGCAAAAAUCAAAAAUAAAGCGGCUGACUCCAGGAGGAUGGCUAGGGGAACGGGUGGAGGGCCCAAUAGGCUGCUACCUUUAACUCCUAUAGAGGAAAGGAUCCUCUCCAUUAUAGGGAAGGUAGCAGUUCAAGGAUUGGAGGGAGUCCAAAUUCCACUGGAUGCUCCAACAACGAACAUGGAGGAAGAAGACAGCCCAUCAAUAUUAGGUGUUAUUGACAUAACACCUAAUAUUGAUGGGCCAACCAUUGCAAUUAUGGAUCAGAGAGAUUCUGAGAGAGGAGACGAGAGAAGUCUCAUCUCUCAGAAUCACUCAGUGGUCAACCAGUUGGUGGAGGACCACACUAGCCAGGCGGAAGAAGCCACAGAGCCAGCAGAGGACCGGGCCAGACAGCAGGACAGCCAAAAUAGACAAGCUACAACAGCCAGAAAUUCAAGACCAAUUCGCCAGGAUGUGAAUGUCCCCAACUGGGCAUACCAGUUAGAGACAAGGCGGCUAGAGAACGAGGAGCGGCAUACGGAGACGCUUAGCAGGAUGGCUGACUGUCUAGUGCAGCUAACAGCAGCUGUACGAGAAAUAGCUGAUGGAGUAGCAGAAAUUAAAAAUCUAAUUUCGGAACUCCAUCAGCCAUGAGAAUCGAACCUGGGACUGAAGCUCUGUUCAAACUGACAAAGUCUUUAAACUUGGUACAGAUACCUUCAAUAUCAAUCAAUUUAUAACCGACAGUUUCUAAAUGAGUAUUGAAGGUGAGGUCCCCUGCAGUGUCAGGAUUGAGGAGUUGGAAUCCAAUUUUUUUAUGAAACAAUGUCACAAAGUUCCUCUAUCGAUUAAAAAAAAAUUACGCAAAUCGGUUCAGAAAUCUCGGAGAUUUCGGUGUACAUAGGUAGAAA